CGUUCGCUUCAGUCGAUUCUGCCAAGCGAAUUAGUCACUAUAAAACCAGGCCCAAGAUGAGAGGUUUCGAUACGAGGAUCUGUGCCCUAGUGGCCUGUCUUCUGCUGGCAUCGCAGGCCAGCGGCUACACGAUGGAGCAGAUGUGUGCCCAGUGGUCGGGCACUGGAUACGUGGGCAAUCCGACCAACUGCCGUGCCUGGGGCUACUGCCAGGGCCAGAAGCUGGUCGGCUGGGGCACCUGUCCCGACGACUAUAUUUUCAACUCGCAGAAGGGUAUCUGCGACUAUCCCUACAGGACGGUCUGUGCCACCAGUGCCGUUCAGACAUGCACGGCGGCCACCUCGCCCAUGUAUGUGGCCGAUCCGAGCAACUGCACCCAGUAUGGCUAUUGUGACGGCAAGGGCUCCAUCUCUUACGGCGACUGCGGUGUCGGCGGCGUCUACUCGGCCAGCAGCAGGUCAUGCGUGUGGGGACCGGCCUGUCCGCAGAGCACCAUCUGCCAGUUCAUGUUGUCGGACAUCUAUGUGGGCGAUCCGGACAACUGUGGCUCCUGGCUGAGCUGCAACAAUGGCUAUGGCACCCCGGGAACUUGUGGCUCCGGCCUGACCUAUAACUUGGUCACCGGUAACUGCCAGAAGACGAAUACGUGCAACGGAAAUACCGAUAGUGGUUCCUCCAACGGACAGUUCACCGUCGGAGAUACAAGUUCUACCAUCUGUAAAGAUAAAACCAACGGAUAUGAAGCAGCACCUGCAUUAACUGGCAAGUCCUAUAGGUUCGUUAGCGAUUUGACCACCUGCUAUGGCUUCUACUACUGUGAGUCGGCUACUGCAGUUGGCGUUUGGAACCAGUGUCCCACCGGCACCCACUUCGAUCCCACCAUAGGCAAGUGCGUGUCGCCAGCCGCUUACGCUUGUCCCUACAACCGAUGCGGCAACGUGAACUCCGUGUUCAUGACCCGUUUGGGUACAUCCUGCGAGGGCUACACGGUGUGCGCCAGCGGCGGAAUUGGCUCCUGCCCCACCAAGAAUCCUUACUACGACGAGGUCUACGACAUUUGCACUGCCACCGCGCCUGGUUUCGCCAUUUGCUCAUAAGUUGUGUUUUCAACUAUGUCAAUUCCCCGUUAACCGGAUGAUAAAUGAAAUAUCAAUUAAAAUAAUAAAUAACUUUGAGAUAAGGGAAGGCUUUAAAAAUCAAUAAAAAAAAAUUACGUUGGCUUCGACUAA